UUUUCUGUUUUAAAUGAUUGUUAUAAUUUGCUGUGUGAAUAAAUGAAAUGGAUGUAGUAGUUGUGAAGAGUUUAUAUGAAUGGUAAUAAGAGAAUGUAAGAGGAGCUCAUUAGGAGCUGCUGUAGCCCCGCCCCCGGGCUCCUGGCUGCGGGGAGGGUUCGGGCUGUAGACGCGCCGUGUUUCCUGCUCCGUGUAGAUCCUCAGAAGAUCCAACUCGGAUCUGGAACCAGCUCAACCCUAAAUGCACAAAAAACUCAAGCAGUCCGGAAGAACAAGCCGCGCGGCCGAGCAAGAUGGCGAGAUGGCGAGAUGCGGAGAAGAUGCCGUGGGUCAGAUCACGGCGAGGUUGCAGAAACUUCACGGACCGCUCGACGAGAUAUCCAGCAAGAUGGACCUGGUGAUGCGCCGAGUGGUGGCCGAAAAGAAGCGCGUGUCCGAGCUGGAGGCGCACAGCAGAGCCACCGAGGGGCGCGUGGCCGAGCUCGAGGACGCGCUGGAGAGAGCGCUGGAGGACCUGGAACACGACCGCCUGUUCUCCAGGGAUGUUCGGGUCGUCGGGCUGAGAGAAGGUACAGAGGGUUCGGACCCGGUAAAGUUUUUCGAGACCUGGGUGCCGGGUGUGCUGGGCGUGCGCGAGCGGAUAGAGCUGGAGCGCGCGCGGCGCACGGGAGUGCGGAGACGCGCCGACGGAGAGCCGAGAGCGGUUCUGCUGAGGUUCCACAGCUACAUGGACAAGCGCCUGGUCCUGCAGGCCGCCAGGGAUAAAGACACGGUACGGGUGAGGGGCAGAAAAGUCUUCUUUCGCGAUUUCUCAUUUCUUGCCGUGCAAAAGAAACGCGCCGAAACCACGUGCGCGCGCAAGCGGCUUCUGCUCAAAGCAGGCUUCAAACCUUCCUCCAUGAACCCUACUCAGAUCAAUGUCCUGAAUCCAUCCGGAGCAGAUGAUGUGUACUUACACCCUGUCAAAGUGGAGACUGCUCUCAAAUCUGAGACGCUUCAGCAGGAAGACGGAACAGAGGAUAAAACCGUACAGAGUAAAGUGGAGACAAUUUUGAGAGAUGUGCAGCAGUUUACAGACAACGACAAACUCUACCUGUAUUUACAGCUUCCCUCAGGUCCGAGCGCAGGAGAGAAGAGUGACUUUAAUCUGGUGAACACGGCCGACCAGCUCCACACCUGCAACUGGAUUCGCAGUCACCUGGAGGAACACGCCGACACCUGCCUGCCCAAACAAGAUGUUUACGAGACUUACCGGAAGCACUGUGAAAACCUGCAGCAGAGACCACUGAGCGCCGCCAACUUUGGCAAGAUCAUUAGAGACAUCUUCCCCAACAUCAAGGCUCGCAGGCUGGGAGGCAGAGGGCAGUCCAAGUACUGCUACAGUGGGAUCCGCAGGAAGACGGUGUUAAACAUGCCGUUAUUACCCAAUCUGGACCUGAAGAACGAUCCGUCCGAGCUGACCGAGCUGGUGCAGACGUACAAACAAGAAGUGACGGAAGCGGCGUGUGAGCUGAUCUGCGACUGGGCUCAGAAGAUCCUCAAGCGCUCAUUCGACACGGUGGUGGAAAUCGCACGGUUCCUAGUGCAGGAGCACAUCGUGAACCCGCGCUGCAGCCAGGCAGAGCUCGUCACGUCCGCCUCGCUCGCCGGAGGUCCUGCGAAACCACACAAAGUGAUUAAAAAGAACCCGACCACGUCCAGAGGGAACGUAGCGGAGGAGGAGAGCAUCAGCCAAGAGGCUAAGAAAGAUGAGACUGAGCAGUCUGCGCCCAUGAAGUAUCUUCCAAACGACAAAUCAGCCAGACCUCCUGAGAUUUCACGUUACGGAGGCCGCGAGAUGCAGGUGGAAGCUCUGGUCAAGAAACUUCCUCAGCUCCGACCUCGCGGCUCCGUUCCAGAAAAACCUCUCCUUUCUGUACACGCGUCCGCUCCCGCCUUCACGCCCAACGACUCCAGCAGCGUCCAAGUGAUGCCUUUCACCGUGACGGCGCUCUCGGCCCAGCAACGCGGCUCUACCCUCCCUCUCAUGAUCUUGCCUCCAGUGACCGUUUCCACACCGACGACGGCGUCCAAGCGCCCGUCCGAUUCGUCCGCCGUAGCCGCGGGGCCGCCCCUGAAACGCAAACGAGGCCGACCCAGGAAGCAGAGACCGGAGGAUAUACCUGGUCAGAACCAGAAUGUCAGUCUGAAUCCAGUGGUGCUGAACAGAGGGGUGAUUCAGAAAGUGCAGUCCUCCUCCUCGUCUUUAUCUGCACAGGUGACAGAGACGGCAAUGCAGUGUAAACCAGAGAAACCCCAGCCGCAGCCCAUCUUACUCCCGCAGGAUGCGGGCCGGGCCAGGGUGAUCCAACGUGCUCCCGUGUCACGUGAAAACCGCCUCGUUACCCAGGUGCAGGUGACUCCCUGUGCCACCGCGCAUCUGCCCCCUCCCACCGUACACGAGGACCGGGGUGAAGUGGAGAUCACACUCACUCCCAUAGACCCCCCCAUCACUGCAGACGACCCUGUCUGCACUGUGUCUGAGACGAGCCCGGCCGCGGGGGGGGUUCCUUAGUUAUUUGUCCCGUCUCUAUGUGUGUGUGUGUGUGUGUGUGUGUGUGGGGGUGAGAUCGGUGACUAACUUCAGAUUGUUCAAUUCUACGUGUCUGUGUAUUUCUUUGCCGUGUGUUUUCGCUUCCUCUGUUCCCUGAUUAACUAACGAGGUCUAACGAGCUCAAAGAUGAACUCGAUGUUUUUACUCCUCGUCUCAGAGGUGCCAAAAUUUACAUUUGAACCUGCUGCCAGAGCAAUACGGAAAACACACGAGAGCAAAAACAAAUCAAAAACUAACCGGUCGAGUGGCAACGGACGCCUGGACGUGAAAAAAACACAUGUAAAGUCCCGAUAGCUGUUUUUAUCAUACUGGUUAUUAGUUACCAGAGCACUAACUCAAUAUUCACCCAAAUGAAGUGUAAGAGGUCAAUAAUCACAUCAGAAAAGUGAAAACGAUGAUAGCAGAGAAAGAUGGAUCAUCUGAAUACAAUCAAUCAAACAGAGCACUUAUGAAGGGAGAGGAGUCCAGUAUACGACCUGAAGAGAAAAUAAAUCCCAAAAAAUGA